AGGUAACUAACUCCCUUUAAGUUAGCCCCAGAUCUCCAUGAUUAGCGUAAUAUCAAACAACCUACCCGUGAUUUCGCUCGAAUCUCCGCCGUUCCAAGCAACUAUACCGUCAAUGUCCAAUGCCACUCUUAUCAUAAUCAUCCGGCCCGCCCUAGAGCUGGGUCAGACUCAUUGCAGCCAUAUCAGCUUUUAGCUUUUCUUCUGUGUAUACCCCAUUACUCUCGCUAUAGAAGAGGAACACACCCAACAUGUCCGGUCCGGGAGCUCCUAGCCCGGGGCCGAGGAGCGGCAGCAUGGGCCCAGGGGGCGGGAUGCCAAUGUCCCAGCAACAGCAGGUCAAUGGCGGGCCUCCUUCAGCGGGGAGCCCGGCAACCUCUGGGCCGCCGUCGGGGGUCAUGUCCCAGCAGAACUUGAAUCAGAUUGUUAUCGAUUACUUGGCAAAAAAAGGAUACAGCAGAACCGAAGCAAUGCUUCGAAUGGAGUCCGCGAACCAAGAAAUCGAUGGACGUCCUCUUCCUCCUGCCAGCGAGGACUCACGCCCAAAGUUCAAGUUAGCAUUUGAUGUGACCAGAAAAUGGGUCGAGGACAAUUUGGAUAUCUAUAAGCCGGAGCUCCGACGUGUCCUAUGGCCUCUGUUCGUCUACUCAUAUCUUAAUCUCAUCACGUCCUUAGUGCCACUGGAGGGUCGUCAGUUUUUCGAGGCAAACAAGAGCUUGUUUCUUCCCGAACAUAGCGAGGAUAUCCGCGCUUUGGAGCCAAUAAGCCUCCCUGAACAUGUACAGGAGAAUAGCGUUGCAAAGCUAUACCGUAACAAUAAAUAUCGCCUUACCUUGAGCAAUCCAGCAUUUUCAAACCUUAUGCAGUUCCUUGAAAGCAAGCAAAAGGAGGGAGGAACUGUGAUGUCGGCUAUUCUUAGCAGCUAUUGCACAAUAAUUACUAAAGAUCGAGCCGCGGAUGAUCGCUUCAGCUUUGCUGCGAUGCUUGGAAGAGCGAACAAUUCUUCCGGGAUGCCUGCGGAGGACGAAGGAAUACCAGGCCACCACCCGGGAUCUGCAUAUACCGGUGAUAACCCUGCAAUGGCAGGAACGCUUCCCAGGCUCAAGCUUGGAAAACUACCGAUGGAGCCACUCCUUGAAGGAGAUGUAAGGGCUGAACUUGAGGAGGCAGACGUGAAAGACCCUCCAACCGGAGGUCGCCCAUCUCUUGUUCAACACUUUGAACAAAUGAUCAAACGAGAAGAAGAUGAAGAGGCUCCAACACGCGCUGAAAUACCAUAUCCGCCCUCAAUGGCCCGUGAUGUCGCCAUGGAAGUGCAAAAGGUUAAAGAAAACCGUGAUAGAUUCAAAAUCGAAGGGCGAACUGGAGGUGUUGGCCCUGCCAUCAGUGUUUGCAUGUUCACUUUUCACAAUACUUACGAUAGCAUCAACUGCAUAGAUUUCUCUGGCGAUAGUAUGUUGGUUGCCGCUGGGACACAAGAUUCUUAUAUUCGUGUUUGGAGUCUUGAUGGUUUACCCAUUCCACCAACCUACCCAGACUCAGAAGAUUCUGCCCCUACAAACUCCCACCGUCUCUUUGGCCAUUCCGGACCGGUCUAUGCAGUGGCAUUUGCCCCCUCUAUCGCCAGUCCGGAGGAUGAAGAAGUCAAGACGAAUACGCGCUGGCUUCUGUCAUCAUCGGCUGAUAAAACCAUCCGUUUAUGGUCUCUUGAUCUCUGGCAAUGUAUGGUCGUCUACAAGGGCCACGCACAGCCGGUGUGGGAUAUCGCUUGGGGUCCUUAUGGCCAUUAUUUUGUCUCUGGCAGCCACGACAAAACUGCACGCUUGUGGGUGACAGAUAGAAUACGACAGCAGCGGAUCUUCGCCGGACAUGAUCAAGACGUGGACUGUGUAUGCUUCCACCCAAAUUCAGCUUAUGUUUUCACUGGUAGCUCCGAUCAUACUGUGCGGAUGUGGGCCGUAACCACUGGAAACGCCGUUCGCAUGUUUACUGGCCACACUGGUAACAUCACCGCAUUGGCAUGCAGCAACAAUGGCAAAAUUCUUGCGUCGGCUGAUGAUCAUGGCUCCAUCUUCCUGUGGGAUCUAGCUCCUGGUAGACUCUUAAAGCGUAUGCGUGGCCACGGGAAGGGUGGUAUUUGGUCUCUCACGUGGAGUGCUGAGUCGACAGUCCUGGUCUCCGGUGGUGCGGACGGUACUGUUCGUGUUUGGGAUGUGGCAGGGCCGGCUCAGGAUCCGUCCACUGGCCAAGGGCGUGUUAUAAGCGAGGGCGGCGCUGGGACAAAGAUUGAUGCUGGAAACCCUGCCGCUUCAUCAAGCGCUCAGGCCUCGGCUGCAGGUGUUCCCAGUGUUGGCACAGGCACGACGAAGAAGAAAAGCAAGGAGGUUGUCGUAACCCCUGACCAGAUCAGUGCGUUCCCCACCAAAAAGAGCCCUGUUUACAAAACGCGAUUUACAGGAAUGAACCUGGUCGUUGCGGGCGGCGCAUAUAUGCCAUGAAUAAAGGCGGCAGAUCUCAUAGCAUUUAACGCAUGUACGACCGCUUUUCCCUUUUUGUUUCCCUACCAUUUCUUAUUUGCGAUGUUUAGAUCUCCUCUUGACUUUUACAUUUUAAUUUGGAAUUUUCCCGCAAAAAUGAUCAGCUACCUUGUUUAUACAUGUUUUCUCCAUCUUUGGCGUAAAGGCAGAGAUCAAACCUUGGGCACUUUACUAUUUAUGGGAAGGGCGAAGAAGGGGGGGGGGCGGUAAUUUUGUUUUUAUGAGAUUUCUUUAGGCUUUUCAUUCCCGUGGGUAUGGUCGCUUCCUUUCAAAAUGAUUUUUUCCCUUCUUUUCCUAGCCUCCGCCCCAUGGAAGUUUUUAGCAACGUAUCUUUAUUUUAUCUCAACGCGACAACAAUUGGUUCUAUAAUAUAGUCGCGCGAGUCGCUCACAAAGUAAACUGACAAUAGAAUGAGGGUCCUUCCUGCCGUCAUCCCUUCCGCGCGCGGAUGUUGGCGCGUCCAUAGUUCUUUCAAAUUUUCUGGUAUGAAGCAGAGGCCACAGGCAGCUUUCGGUAAUACGAUGCCGCCUAUGUCAAUAUUCAUGCAGAAAUGCGCUUCACUAAAAGGAGUUAAAAAUGCAUUCAUGCUUUCGCCCGCAAAACAACUCCCUGAAUUAGGUACAGUUAAUCAGGGGUCUGACUUUGUCCAGUUGCUUGGUGGGAAUCCGCCCCCAUGCCCCCAUGCCCGCCGGCCCCAACUCCUUUCGCCAUAGCCUGUGCCGCCAACACAUCACCGACUUUGGGCGGAAGGACGAGAGCGCUUCUGUCAUUUCGCUUAUAGAAGUCGACGAGGAUCUGUGCUGUCUUUGCGGGCUGGUCUUCCUGGAUAAAGUGGCCUGAUUCGGGGAACACUUGGAGUUGAUAUUUGCCUUGAUUGUUUUUUGAGAAGAUUUGGGGAAGCAUGAUUUAGUAUGGUAAAAUAGUUGUUGGGAGUCUAGAAGUUUCAAAAGGACUUUUUAUAAAAAGAAAAAGAGAAGAAAAAAAACCUACCCUGCAUUUGCCCGAUCAUAAGCUCUUUGUCAAGACGGUCCGUUCCAGCAAGCAGCAGCAGUUUGCCCCCGCGGGCUUGGAGAAACUUCUUGCUAAGGCCUAUGAACCAAUUCUCCCAAAAUGGUUUCGUAGCGGCUAGGUCUGUGCGCCACUUCCACGGUCUAGACGUAUCGGAAGGAUCUUCACGGAGGAGGGAUGGUACAGACACUCGUGCAGACAAGGUAUUGCGGAUAGUUCGUGAUCGGGUGCUAUACAACGUUAUUUAGUUUCAAUUAAAUUAAUGGAACCGGUCGCUCUGGAAACUACGAGCGAAGGGGAAGAAACUUAUAUGUGCAACAUACUACCAACUAAUCCCGGAAGCCAAGGAGGGAAAGCUAGACGGCCGGGUAGAAAGGUAUGUUUCCAUACUUUGAAGCCCAUCCAUCGCGGAACCUGAAGUUCAUCAGCAAUAUUCCGAUGAUAUAAAAAUUCUGAAUCUUCGCUACCUUCAACGACGUCUAAAACGGCAUAAGCCAGGAGCUUCGAUCCAAGUUCACCUUUCUUCGCAGCUUCGGUGACCACAGCUCCGCCCAAGCUGUGGCCAACGAAAACGACGUCCGGGAGCGAUUCCCAGUUCAUCUUUAUUCGGGUUUGGUCGAUCACGAAGAGUAAAUCACGAGAUAACGUCUCGAGGCUUAGAUCUAUCUCUACCUGUGAAUUGUCUUCCGCACCUUGACUCUUUCUUCUGACGGAGGUACUUCCAUGGUUUCGCGCAUCUAGAGAUAAUACGCCAGCAGUAGGGAGGAUCUUCUUAAUUUCCGCUGCACAGGCAGCAAAUGAAAGGCCGGACGAUCCAGCACCGUGGUGGGUGACGAACAAAGGGCCGGACUCUGAAGGGGCACUGAUGUACGCAUGGUGGGAGAUGUGUAAACCCUCGAUAUCCUCUUCUAGGAAAAGCUCCUGGUCAAAGAAGUCUAUCCAUGGUAAUGGAGUAGCUUCUGAUCUUGCGGAUGCCGACCUGUUAGCAGAAUGUAGAAAUUAGGAUGUGUUCAUAUGGAAAUUAAAAACGGAAGGGUUAGGAGGGACACCUAAAACCCUGAUUAAUAAAAAGCAUGGAAUAGCUUAUUUCAAACACCAAAGGCAAAAAAUAAAUUAAAUACUGACAAACAAAUAUAAAAAAGCCAAAUUCACAGAAGAGGACUCUAAAAAGAGACGACCAACCUACCUGGGUGGACGUGCAAAUAAGUUUUGGCUUGCGGAUGGUAUCACUGUUCCCGUGGAGGAUACGGAUGAAGCUGAGGACGAAUCAUCAUCUUGACGUUCGUGAUGUAUGGAGGUGGUACUACCAUCAUGAUCAUUCUCUCUAUCCUCACCUAGUCCAUCAAAUACCAGUACCUCCGGAGGUAAUCUAGUCAAUCGAGAUUUUGCAAAGUUUUUCUGAAGAUCGCUCAUAUCUGGAGUGAUGGCGACAGGAUGAAAUAAGUGGUGGUAUAAAAUUCGAGAAUACGG